AGGCCUUCAACUCUCUCCAUAGCCGUGGCAGCUUCAGUGAUCGACAAUGUCCAAUCCGCAGAGCUGGCGACACUUGUUGCGGGGCAGAUCGCGCGCACGGCAGCCAUCUUCAAUGUGGAUGAAGUUAUGGUCAUCGAUGAUGCUGAUGAUAUCUGUGUUGGCUGUAGUGGACGUGUGGGCAAGGGAGCGGCCUUCCUUGCGCGCGUGCUACAGUUUAUGGAGACACCGCAGUACCUGCGCAAGGCGCUGUGCCCGAUGCACCGGGACCUGCGGCUGGCCGGGCAGCUGCCGCCGCUGGACGCGCCCCACCACAUGCGCGCAUCCGAGUGGCGCCCCUUUCGCGAAGGAGUUGUCGUGCGGUCAGCGGUAGGGGCUGGUUCUCUGCUGGACGUCGGCCUUGACAAGGUUGCUUUCGUGCCAGAGGCGCUGAAGCAGUCGGUGCGAGUGACUGUGGAGAUGGGGGAGCAGCCGCGGCCGCACAGGGUCGAGGGGGGACCCCUGGGAAAGGGUGUUGACACGCUGGAGGGCAGCGUUGUAUUGCCCUCAGACCCCCGAGCCGAAUCUGGCACGUACUGGGGAUACACAGUGAGAAUCGCCUCGGGCCUCUCUGCUGUCUUCUCAGAAUGCCCAUACCAGGAAGGGUAUGACUUGAAGGUGGGCACCUCAGAGCGCGGCAGUGUCCAGUCAGCGGCCGAGCUGGAGCUGCCGCCACAUCAGCAUGCACUCAUUGCAUUUGGGGGGCCUCAGGGACUGGAGGAGUGCCUCAAGAAAGACCCAGGGAAGGCGGCGGGAGAUGCGGAAGAGCUGUUUGACUUGUGGCUGAACACAUGCCCUGGCCAGGGCAGCAGGACAAUACGGACCGAAGAAGCCCUGCUCAUAUCGCUUGCCUACUUCCAGCCUGCGCUGCAGUCAGCUCAAAAUGCAGAUGCAGGAGGAGAUGCAAGUUUGAAACAAUAG